AUGAAGGUCACUGAAGCAGAAGAGAACAGUCCGCUUGAAGGUCCAGCUCCACAAGCUCCACAGGGUAAAGGAAGCAUUAAGGAUCUAUACAAGUAUGCCACCUGCUUAGAUUAUUUCCUUAUUGUGGUUGGCUUCAUCUCUGCUGCUGCCUUAGGAGCGAUCCAGCCCCUUUUCUUCUUAUUUAUGGGAGAUUUCUUUGGGAGCAUGGAUGCGAACACCUCAAAGGACUCAUUUUAUGACUCGGCAAAAAUUGUCUGCUAUGAGCUUAUCGGAUGUGCCUUUGUGUUUACUGUUGCCGGAACACUUGCAGUUAUGUGCUUUGUGAACGUUGGCGCGAGACAAGCUUUCCACUUCCGAAAUCACUAUUUCAAAGCGAUAAUCAAUGGAGAUCCAUCAUGAUUUGACCUCAGACAUGUUGCCGAACUUCCCCAAUCCUUAGCAACGGAAACUUUAAUGAUCGAAAGAGCCACAGGGGACAAACUGAUUGUUUUAAUUAUGGGCACAAGCAUGAUAGUAUCUUCUCUCAUUAUUGCUAUUAUCAUGGGCCUUCAGUUAGCAUUAUUUUGCUUAGUUUUCAUGCCAGCUGUCACAUUGGGAUUCAUGCUAACUCAUAAGGGACUUGAGCAAAGUGCCAAAAUAGCUGAUACUUCUUAUAAACUUGCAGGAGGUAUCGCUGAAGAAGCUUUGCAAGAAAUCAAAACUGUAUCCUCGCUAAAUGGGCAGAGACAUGAAGCCAAAAAAUAUACUGAGUCUAUAAAAGAUUCACAAAAAUCCAUGCUUCUUAGUGGACUGAAGGUUGGAGGAGGCACUGCGUUGGGCAUGUGUUCUUUUAUGGUCAUGAAUGGGGUUACUUAUAUUGUUGGAGCUUGGUUUAUAGAUAAAGGAGAGGACAAUUGGGCUGGCGGGGAGGAAUAUGAUUUAACAAGAGUCAUCACAGUUAUGUGGGUGAGUCUUAUGGCCUUCAAUAACAUUUCUCUUUGUGUUCCUAGCCUCAAACUUAUCAGUAUGGGGAGAGUGGCCGUUUAUAAUAUUUCAGAAAUUAUUAACGGAAAAUCAAAACUUACCCAAGGAACCCGAAAAAGCGAUAUUGAAGGUGCCGUUUCAUUUAAAGAUGUUAGGUUCUCUUAUCCAUCAGCGCCUAACUCAGAAAUUCUUAAAGGACUUAGCUUUGAUUUAGAACCAGGACAGAGGCUUGGAGUUGUUGGAAGUACUGGAUCAGGAAAAAGUACUAUAAUUCAGCUUCUACUUAGAUAUUAUGAACCUUCUUCUGGAACUAUUACAAUAGAUGGAUACAAUAUCAUGGACUAUUCAAUUAGUUUUUUAAGAGAACAUAUUGGGCUUGUGAGCCAAGAGCCAUUACUUUUUAAUGCUAGCAUUUUUGAUAAUAUUAGGUAUGGAAAAUUAAAUGCCACUGAAGAAGAAAUAGAAUUUGCAGCGCGAGAAGCAGGGGCGCAUGACUUUAUUUCAGCCUUACCAGAUAAAUAUAAGACUCCUGCAGGAACUAAAGGGUCUCAGCUGUCUGGAGGGCAGAAGCAAAGAAUUGCUAUUGCAAGAGCUAUAAUUAGAAACCCAAAAAUUCUCUUAUUAGACGAAGCAACAAGUGCUUUAGACAGGCAAACUGAGCAAGCUGUCGUUGAAGCCAUCGAUAAAGCUAUGCCAAAAAGCACAAGAAUUACGAUUGCUCAGAAUUUACUCACAAUAAAAGAAUCAAAUUUUAUUAUCAUGAUUGACCAAGGAGUUGUACUGGAAUUUGGCAAUCAUAAGCAGUUAAUGAAAAAUAAAUCGAAAUACUACCAUCUCAUCAAAAUGCAAAAAAUUCAGCAAAAAAAUGAAGAUGAUGAACAAGCUCAAGCAAAAGCAACUGAUCUCGAAGUAAAAAAAACUAAAGAAGAGGAACAAGCUAAAAAAGAGUAUGAUGCAGGAAAUGUCAAGAAAAAAAUGAUGCUUAUGAGCAAAAGUGAAAGGGGAUGGCUUUAUUUAGGAAUGGCUGGAUCAAUGCUGGUGGGAGCUGGAUAUCCUCUUGUAGGAAUGUUUAGUGGAAAAGAGAUGUUUGUGCUUGCUCUUAAGGAUAGCGACAUGAUUGCCAAAAGUUCUGAAUAUGCAGGCUACAUCUUCUUAUUAGCAUUUUUUGUAUCACUUGGACUGAUUUUCGAAUCAGUCAGUUAUCCAAAAAUGAGUGCAAAUAUCACGGCGAAAAUGAGAGAAGCAAGCUUUAAAGCACUUCUUAAAUAUGAAGCAGCAUUUUUUGAUCUUCCUGAAAACAACUGCAGUGCGCUUUCCGCAAGACUUUGCAAUGAUUGUGAAAAAGUUAAUGGAUUGGGUGGGCAUAUUGUUGGCAUCAUGCUUGGGAUUCUUACAUCGCUCGCAGUGGCCCAUGGAGUUGCUGCAGGAUAUUCAUGGAGAAUGUGUUUAGUUUUCUUACUCCCCCCCUCCGUGAGUGAACAAAAAAAUUUUGUACACUCACUAAGGGGUUUAAUUUUUUUUUAAAAAUUUUAUUUUUCGAAAUUUUAAAAAAUCCUAAUUUGCAUAAAAUUUAUGUUUUAAAGGGUUCCUUCACACGACGACUAUUUCAUAACGACUAUUUUUUUUUGGCCUAUUUUUUUUGGCCUAUUUUUUUUUGGCCCUAUUUUUUUUUGGCCUAUUUUUUUUGGCCUAUUUUUUUUAGCCUAUUUUUUUUACCUAGCCUCUUUCAUGAAGCUGCUGAGAGGACUAGAACCUUAUUGAGAAACAGAGACUUUUUCUUACGCGAUUAAUAUUGAGUAAAUUAAGUGAAAAACUCCUAAUUAAAUCUAAAAUUUUCGAAAUUUAAAAACAAUGAAUUAGUAUUCAUGGAGUACGAAAUCUGUUAAGGGUGCAUUUUUUGUUGGUUAAAUCGUUUAAAAAACACAUUAAAAAUUAUAUUAAAACAAUUAGUAUGGAAUUGUGCCCCAAAUAUUAGUAAAAAAUAGUUAAAAAAUUGUCAAAAAAUCGGCCAAAAAAAUAGGCCAAAAAAAAAUAGGCCAAAAAAAAUAGGCCAAAAAAAAAUAGGCCAAAAAAAAUAGGCCAAAAAAAAUAGGCCAAAAAAAAAUAGGCAAAAAAAAAUAGGCCAAAAAAAAAUAGGCCAAAAAAAAAUAGGCGUUAUGAAAUAGUCGUCGUGUGAAGAUACGGUUUUAAAAGCGCAAUUUGUUUAAAAUUAAACAGAAUUAGCUCUAUAUUUCAUUAUAUCAAUUAUUACUUAUAUAUCAAAAAUUUUUUUCUAUUAAAAAAAAUUUUUUUCACUCACGGAGGGUGGGUUUUUGUGCAAAAAAUAAGGAUUUUUUCAAUAGUUUUGUUCACUCACGGAGGGGAGAAGAGUUAGCUAUCAUCCCAAUCAUCAUUUUUGCUACAGCAGCAUCUUUUAUGGCUCAAUCUGUUGGAGUAGUAAAAUUCAACUACGAGUCCUGCACAGCUCAAGCUGCUGAUGCUAUUAUGAACUAUAGAACUGUCAAAGCUUUUAACUUGGAAAAUGUCAUGCACGAUAAAUAUUUAGAACCCGCAGCUCAAGAGUUUGCUAGCAUUCGCAAAAAAGCAGUAAACUCAGGCAUUGCAUAUGGCUUAGGUUUUGGAUUGAUUUGGUGUGCUUAUGCAUUGCUUUUCUGGUGGGGUGGAAAUAUCGUAGUUAAAGAUCUUGACAAUUACGAAGAUAUGACCAUUGCUAUGAUGACUUGCAUGUUUGGCUCAAAUGCAUUUUUCUUAGCUGGAAUAUAUGCUCCAGAUGUUAAAAAUGGAGUUGAGGCUGCAAAAAGGCUGUUUAAAGUUUUAGAAUACCAGCCAAAAAUAAAUGUUAACAGCAAAGAUGGGGAGAAAAGAGAAGUUGAAGGGAAAAUAGAGUUUAGAGACGUAGUAUUUUGCUACCCAAAUCGAAAUUACAUGGCUGUUAAAUCUUUAAGCUUUACGAUAGAGCCAGGGACUCAUUUUGCAAUAAUUGGGAGAACAGGUUCAGGGAAAUCGACAGUAACCCAGCUUGUUUUAAGACUUUAUGACCCAUUAAGUGGUUCGGUCUUAAUAGAUGGCAUUGAUAUUAAAGACUAUAACCUCAAACAUUUAAGAAGCCAAAUUGGACUUGUAGGACAAGAGCCUGUUCUUUUUACUGGGACUAUCGCAGAAAAUAUUGCAUAUGGUAUAAAAGCUUCUCAAGAAGAAAUAGAAGAAGCAGCGAAAAAAGCUCAAGCAAUUGAAUUUAUAACAGAUCCAAAGUACUCAGAAGGUUUUGAACGCCAAGUCGGCAUAAAAGGAAGCAUGCUGAGUGGUGGACAAAAGCAGCGUAUUGCAAUCGCAAGAGCAAUUAUCAGGAAUCCUAAGAUCUUGAUAUUCGAUGAAGCAACAAGCGCCUUGGACUCAAAAACAGAGUUAUUGUUGCUAGCUGCUAUUAGAGAAGUAAUGGCUGGAAAAACCGUAAUCAUGAUCGCCCAUCGACUCAAGACAAUUUCUGAAGCACAUCAAGUUAUGGUGCUCGAAAGUGGGAAAAUUCUGGAAAUUGGGACGAGGGAAGAUUUGAUGAAUCAGGGAGGCUACUUCUAUAACAUGAUUAGCAAUCUUUAA